UGCUUCAGUUGAUUUUUCGGUUUGGAUACGCGCGGCGCGCUCAGGCUAACCACUGUGUGGACGACGCACCGAUCGACGGACUGAGAUUGUAUUGUUAUUUGUUUUUUGUUGUCAAAAAAGCCAAAGUGCAGUUCGCGGUGUAACCUUGCAGCAUGGACUGCGGCGUCGUGACGUGACGUGUCGUCGUGCAUUUCGAAUUUUUACUGACUGAUUCCUCGUGUGUCGAAGCUUGCACCGGUGGGCGCAUGCAAAGUGACAUCCGUGAAUCGUUCCCAUUUUCCCAGAAGAAAAACUAUUACAGUGGAAGUGACAUAGAAUCGCCCCACUCGCGUGUUCCACAUUGUAAUGCAGCAAAAGUGCAGUGCCUACUAGACUCGAGAAUUUGAACCAUAAAACCACGCGAAGUUGAGUGAUUGAUUGUGUGUUUGACAUUGAGCCAGGUGCUAAAGUACACGCUCUGGAAAUAUUUCAGCCUACGUACGUGCAGUUACUGUAACGUAUUCGAACGUAAAAUCAGUGAUUUAUGGUUCCGUGAAUCUGCCGGAUAAGGACUCUUUGUCGGAAGCAAGAACCCCAGGGAAACCUCUUGACAGUGAGCAAAAAGUGUUAAAAUUAAUCUUUUCGCAUUAAGAGCAACAACAACAAAAAGUUUAAAAGUGCUUCAUUAAUCAACUGAAUAAUAUGAAGUUGUGAGAACACGCGUGAUUUGCCGAGCAACAGCACACACCGUGAAGUGAAAACCCGGCCAAGGAAAACGAAAACCACCGAGCUGGCCAAGCAAACCGGCAAACCAAGAAUCCCUUGUCGGACGGGAGAACGCGAGAGAUACGAAUUGAAAUUUUAAAUCAGAACUCGUUUUUCAAACUUACAUUUUCCGUUCCCCCUUCCCACGGAGGUGAGCCAAGAAGCUGCUGAAAAGUGUGAAUAAAUGAAACCGUUGAUAGGCUUUAAAUGAUUUGAAGACCCCUAGGCAGUGACAGCUGUUGAAAAGUGCGAAAUAGUGUUGUGCUGAGAAACGAAAAUAAAAAGUUCGUUGCUAAUUAGUAUUUAGUACCGCACGGUGUCCACGGUGCUCUGUUCGUUCGACAGAGGCAGUCCGACUGGUAAGACUGCCAACAAAACCUGCGACCGACUGACUGCCUGUUCAGCUCGGUUGCUCGGUUCGUUCGGUUCGCGACAAUGGCAGUGUCCUGCCCGGAAGUUAUGUACGGAGCAUACUACCCAUACCUGUACGGCCGAGCCGGACCCAGUCGACCCUUCUACCAGUAUGAACGGUUCAACCAAGAUCUCUACUCGUCCUCGGGUGUCCCGCUGGCGGCAUCUUCCAGCACAUCCGCCGGUUCACAUUCGCCCUGCAGUCCGCUACUACCGCCGUCGAUAUCGUCCAAUGUGGUGGCGGCAGCAGCAGCCCAAACAUCGACACUAUCUGCCUCCACCUCCAAUACCACGAUACCAACGAUUCCGCUGGGCGCACUCCAGAGGCACCUAACCAAAGAAGAAGACAUCAGUACGGCCCGAAGUGAUACGGAAGGUACCAUCCCGGGAACCCACAAUGAUAGCUCCUGUUCAUCUGGUCCAGAUUCGCCCAACAAUCUCCACCCGGAUGCUAGUGGGGCUACCGGCGGAGGUGGUGCUAGUGGCAGUGGCGAAACUUCCGGUGGCGGGGGCCGAGCCCAGUACUUGUCCGCCACUUGCGUUGUGGUUACCCAUUAUUCCGGCGAUGCGGCCAGCGUGGUAGACGAACAUUUUUCUAGGGCAUUAAAUUUUAGCGAUAAAAAUAACAAAGAAGGUUACAGUUCCAUGACGAGUAGAAAUUUUCCACCCUCCUUCUGGAAUAGCAACUACGUUCAUCCAACACCUGCACCUACCCACCAUCAGUUCUCCAACUCAUUACUACAGGUUUCCGACCUUUACUCGACCGACGGUGGCUACUCAACGGAUCCUUGGCAUGCGGCCCAUUACGGUUCGUAUGCCCACGCGGCGCACGCACAUGCCGCCCACGCACACGCGUACCACCACAACAUGGCACAGUACGGCAGCUUACUGAGGUUACCCCAACAGUACGGACACACGUCUAGGUUACAUCACGAUCAACAGACGGCGCAUGCUCUGGAAAGUGCGGCCGCAUAUUCUAGUUAUCCUACGAUGGCAGGAUUGGAAGCACAGGUGCAGGAAUCUUCCAAGGAUCUGUAUUGGUUCUAGAUAGUUAGAAAAAUUAGCAACAAUAACAAUUGACUCGAAAGGAGAACGCUUGGGUACAAAUUCAAAGCAAGUCAACUUCCACCUUUGAAUGUAGUUAAUCGUCGGAACAAGCGAAAAAUAAAACAAAAUGUUGUAAAAACGUUAACGUAGCAAAAAAAAAUCAAAAGACAGAUCUAUAACAGAAAUAAACGAAGCACUUGAAAGUGAUUUUAGUGAUAUAUAACCUAAUAAUUUAUGGUCAUAAGCUCUGUUCAAACUUUAUAAUAAAUGUGCAAAACGUAAAUAAACUGGAAUCUAAUUGAUUUACUUACAGUCUAUCGCCAACGAACGGAGAAAAGUUUCUGUGCUAAAUAAGUACUUGUCGGCAAACGCUUGCUCUUGUAAAGUCAAUGCGGGACUUUUUCCCUCACGAACUACUGGCGAUACUAAUAGUCCAGUGUUAAUUAAAAUAUGUUGACAUAAGUAAUCCAGUAAUCCAGUGAUCAAAUCCUUCAGAGUUUUACUUUGUUCUAGAAUACGUGUAUCAUAUAUCGAAUAAGUAAAACUGAACAUGUAAUCACGCGAUGUGAAAGUUUAGUAAAAUCGAACCAUAUUUUACAACCACCAGCACCUAGUAAGCGAUAUAACGACGAAAGAGCAAGAAUAUGUGCAUAUAUUAAAUUUAAAUUAAUGCUAGUGAAAGGACCCAUCACACGGUUGCGUACGUUGAUUUAAGGCAAACAGGUGAGCGGAAGGGACUGGCACUGAAAAGUUCUUGUAGCUAUUUUAUUGCAAUAACGGAAUCAUUAUUACUGAUUAAUAGACAUUGUAAAUCUUAGCAUUAUAUGCAAAGCAAAAACCUUAUAUAAAGACAGUAAAAACAAGCUAAUACAAAAACAGGAAACAGUUUGAAAAA